UGAACUGUUUGCGAAAUAGGUGGAGAAAAUUGAAUGGCAAACAGCUGAUCGGGUGUACGAGCGUCCCGCCGCUCAUCAAGGUCAAGUACAGGGUGCAUCGCAAGCGUCGUCUAUGGACGUUUGUUUGCGUGCGCAUUUCGGCUGACAAACGAUCGAUCGGAUUGUAAACACGCAGAGACAGAAUCGCGGUUUGCGUCAUAACAUCAACAGAAUUUUUGCAAUUUUUAAUCGAUUUCGCAAUCAAUUCGCGUUUUCUAGAAGGAGUUUGUUCAUUUCGGCGAGUGCUCCCUGCAAGACCAUGAAAAUCGACAUCCAUCCUCUGACGGAGGAUCCUACGCGAGCGUGGAAGGAAAUAUCGAAAACCCAGCGAGUGAUAAAGAUUAACACCAAAGCACCCGGAGCGGAAGUUCCCAGCAAUAAGGUGCGGGUGGUUUGCAUGUCCGAUACGCACUCGCUGACGCAUCACAUCAAGUUCGACAUCCCCGAGGGGGACGUGUUCAUUCAUGCGGGCGAUUUCACCCGGUGCGGGAAGCUGGACGAGGUCAUCGAUUUCAACAACUGGUUGGAAAAACUACCACACAAGCACAAGCUGGUCAUAGCGGGUAACCACGAGCUCAGUUUUGACCACACGUUCACGCACCCGUUCCAGAAUGCCAGUGCCUGUUGCAAGAAGACCGGCAGCACUCUGCUGGACGAAAUCCCCACGCUGGGAAACUCGAAGGAGAGCCUGGCCGAAGCGGUCAAAACGGAAAACAUUCGACAAUACCUGAGCAACUGUGUGUACCUGCAGGAUGAAUCGAUCGAGCUGUACGGGUUGAAAAUCUACGGCACCCCGUGGCAGCCGGAGUUCUGCAAGUGGGCCUUCAACGUCAAGCGGGGCCGCGACUGCCUGGACAAGUGGGAGCAAAUUCCGGAGAAUUUGGACAUUCUGAUCACCCACACGCCUCCCGUUGGCCACGGUGAUCUGUGCUGCUCGGGGGUGAGGGCGGGGUGUGUGGAACUGCUGACGACCGUGCAGCAGCGAGUCAAGCCGAAGUACCACGUGUUUGGGCACGUGCACGAGGGUUACGGGAUCACAUCGGAUGGUAAGAUCAUUUUUAUCAAUGCAUCCACGUGCGACAUCAACUAUCUGCCGAACAACCAGCCGAUCGUGUUUGACGUGACCCUGCCAAAGGGACGCACUAAAGAUGAUCUGUAAACUAAAGCUGGGCGGUUUUCUAAUUAAGUACAUCGACAUUUGAUAAGUAGCAGACAUGUUUCUUUCGCACGACCUAGAAGCCAUAACACAUUGAUGAUGCGUGGGGCUUUGCGCAUCUAGAAAAUAGUAUACAAUAUAGGGUGACGAAGGGUAUUAUCGGCAGGUU